AAACAGCAAAGCUACCGACAUCAGGCUCCCCAUCGAGAAGCCCACACUGCGCCAGAGGUUCAGUACAACCCGGAGAUUUCAGAGGACUCUAAUGAAGACGAGGAGUCUCUUACCUCUCCUUGUCAAGGUGGAGUGUAUCAAUCUUCUGAAUCAGACAUUUGCUCUUCUCCCUCCACGAAGGUAGACAUUAAAAAGCUGCAGGUUGACCUAAGGCUGGUCUGGAAGUCUGACCUCCUCAAGGCUCAGGCUGAAAUCAGAGCUGUCCACAAGAAGGUACAAGAAGUGGAGGCAAUAGAGGCCUCUAGAGACCAACAGUUUAGAGUGACCCAGG